UCUGCACCAUAGAUAUAUUUAUGUUAGACACGCGCUGUGCGCUUGCGCAGAAAUCAUAGCGUGUACGUUCAUUUCCGGGGUCGAAUCCGGGGGUUAGAUGUUCUUUAAAGACUGAGAUCAACAGUUCAGUGAUUGAGACUAACAUCAGAAAACAACUGACGCCAAAAGUGUCUGCACAACACGAAGGCUUCUUAUAUAGAGGAAUCCCAAGAAGAUGAAUUUCUUGAGAGGAGUUAUGGGUGGGCAGCCUGCGGGGCCACAGCAAUCCGGGGCAGAAACGAUUCAGAAACUGUGUGACCGAGUGGCCUCCUCCACCUUGCUGGAGGACCGGAGGGAUGCCGUUCGAGCUCUGAAAUCUCUCUCAAAGAAAUAUCGGCUGGAAGUUGGCACACAGGCCAUGGGUCAUUUGAUUCAUGUCCUGCAAACAGACAGCUCUGACUCAGAAAUAAUUGGUUAUGCGCUGGACACAUUGUACAAUGUCAUUUCCAAUGAUGAAGAGGAGGAACAAGAUGAAUCUGAAGAAGAGAACUCUCAGAAGGAGGCUGAGGAUCUUGGGUCUCAGCUCACUGAUGCAUUAAUCAAUGAGCAGGAAAACAUAACGCUGAUCUUGAGACUCCUGGAGGAAUUUGACUUCCAUGUGCGGUGGCCGGGGGUCAAGCUCAUCACCGCCCUGCUGAAGAAGCGGUGUGGCCCUGUGCAGGGCAUCAUCCUCGUCAGCCCCAUGGGUGUUUCAAGACUUAUGGAUUUAUUGGCAGAUUCGAGAGAAAUUAUUAGAAAUGAUGCUCUGUUACUGCUGCAGCAGCUCACCAAAGGCAACGCGGCCAUCCAGAAGAUCGUGGCCUUUGAGAACGCCUUCGAGCGCCUCCUGGAUAUCAUCUCAGAGGAGGGCAGCAGCGAUGGAGGUAUUGUGGUGGAGGACUGCCUGCUGCUUUUGCUCAGUCUCCUCAAGAACAACAGCUCCAACCAGAACUUCUACAAGGAGGGCUCUUACGUUCAGCGCAUGAAGCCCUGGUUUGAAGUCAGGGACGACAACUCUGGUUGGUCGGCCCAGAAGGUGACAAACCUCCACCGCAUGUUGCAGCUGGUCCGAGUGAUGGUGUCCCCUGUGAACUCCCCUGGAGCCAUCAGCAGCUGCCAGAAGGCCAUGCACCACUGCGGCCUGCUGCAGCAGCUCUGCGCCAUCCUAAUGGCCACCGGCGUGCCUGCCGAUAUUCUCACUGAGACCAUCAAUACGGUAUCGGAAGUCAUCCGCGGUUCCCAGGACAACCAGGAUUACUUUGCUUCAGUGAAUGCGCCCUCCAACCCACCAAGGCCGGCCAUCGUGGUGCUGCUGAUGUCCAUGGUGAACGAGAGACAGCCGUUCGUCCUGCGCUGUGCCGUGCUCUACUGCUUCCAGAGCUUCCUGUACAGGAACCACAAGGGCCAGGAAGAGGUUGUCUCCACGCUCCUGCCUUCCACCAUCGAGGCGAGCUCCAUCACGGCGGGGCAGCUGCUGUGUGGGGGGCUGUUCUCCUCGGACUCUCUCUCUAACUGGUGCGCGGCGGUGGCGCUGUCCCACGCCCUGCUGGACAACCCCGCGCAGAAAGAGCAGCUGCUGCGCGUGCAGCUGGCCACCAGCGCCGGGACCCCACCCAUCUCCCUGCUGCAGCAGUGCACCAACAUCCUCUCCCAGGGCGAUAAGAUCGAGCGCAGGGGCAGUAAAGUCCAGACGCGAGUCGGGCUGCUCAUCCUGCUCUGCUCCUGGAUCAGCAGCUGCCCCAUCGCCGUCACCCACUUCCUGCACAACCACCAAAACGUCUCCUACCUGACGGGACAGAUCUCGGAGAACCAGGGGGAGGACGAGCGGCUGGUACAGGGCCUGUGUGCCCUGCUGCUGGGGAUCUGCAUCUGCUACAACGACAACUCCCUGGAGAACCACACCAAGGAGAAGCUGAAGCAGCUGAUAGAGAAGAGGAUCGGGAAGGAGAACUUCGUGGAGAAGCUGAGCUUCAUCAGCAAGCAGGAGCAGUACUCCCGUGCGGCCCACCAGCCCCAGCCCACAGGCCCCACCCCCGAGCACAUGCUGUUCGACCACCAGUUCACCAAGCUGGUCAAGGAGCUGGAGGGUGUGGUAACGAAGUCGGUGUACAAGUCCAGCGAGGAGGAGAGGAAGGAGGAGGAGGUGAAGAAGACUCUGGAGCAGCACGACAGCAUAAUGACUCAGUACAAGGAGCUCAUUAGGGAGCAGGAUGCCCAGAUAAAUGAGCUGAAGGAGCAGGUGGUGUCGCUGAGCUCUCAGUCUGAGCAGAUGAAGAGGACGGUGGCUCAGCAGGUGCUGCAGAUACAGCAGCACAGAGACCAGCACAGCAUCCUGAAACUGAAGCUAGAGAAGGGCUCCCAGCAGGCAGGAGGUCAGGGUGAGGAGGCCCAGAUGAACGGCCUGCAGAGGGAGGAGCUUAGCCGUCUGAGGGAGGAGCUACAGGAGCUGCGCGGUCGCAGUGCGCGGCUGGAGGCGGAGCUAGCCGACAGGAACGCCAUCAUCACCAGCCUGAACUCUGAAAGGGCUCAGACCGUAAACGGCUUGGAGAAUAAUGCUGAAACUCUGAAGGAGCUGGAGGCACUGAGGAGUCGAGUUGCAUCACAGUCAACACAGAUCAGCCAAUUGCAGGCCGAGAAGCAGGACUUGCUGAAGACAGCUGCCCAAUCAGCUAAAGAAACUGUGGACCCUGCGGGUUCAGACCUGCAGAGUCUGCUCACUGCCCAGACCCAGGAGUCCGAGAGGCUGAAGGAGGAAGUGAGGCGGCUGGCUGAGUCGGGCGCCGGUGCGGAGCGGCAGCUAGCGUCCGCUAACAGCAGCGUGGCGGUUCUGGAGGCGGAGCGAGCCAGGCUCCAGGAGGAGCUGACCGAGUCCAGGAAGGAGCAGGACGACCUGCUCAUGCUGCUGGCCGACCAGGACCAGAAGAUCACCACCCUGAGAAACAGGCUGAAAGCACUGGGGGAGCCGAUUGAAGAUGAAGAUGAUUUGGAUUCUCAGGACCAAGGUGACGACGAUGAUGAUGAACCAGAUGAUGACUAGGAAGUGCCAAAUUCUGUUCUCAGCAGAAGAUACAUGGACCACACUCAAAAAACUGGAAAGGACAGGUCUUCACUUAUUUCCUAAAAUGUCACACUAGCUACCUUUUACCUUAGACACUUUUAAUUUUUAGAUUUUUUUAUUUUUAAUUAAGUACAUGCCGUUUUCCUCACAACGUAAUCUGGAAGUUUUAUCCUCAGUACGUUGAUGGUGACUGUUUCAGAAUGAAGUCGGGGAGCUGAAGUCGAUUCCAGCUGCACUGCUCAUGUACUGUCCUGACAGCCAGUAUCAGUUUGGUUUUGAAUGAGUUUAACAGUGUGAUAUGUGGCGAAGGUUUUGCAUGACAGUUUAACAGUGUCAUGUGAGGGGAAGGCGAGUCUUGGGGGGAGGCGGGGGGGGUUUCUUAAGAGAAGUGCUCUUUGAGGAUAUGAGAUUCUGACUGUCCUGCCUUGGCAGUUCUGCUAGUCUCUCCCGGAGGUGUAGCUCGACGCCUUCAGUAGUGGUAAAGUGUGCCGACUGUGCCUUCUCCCUAAAUGCCUGUCCGUGUUCAGGGUGGUUUUGCCAGCUUUCAUACUCUCAAGUGCCCUAAUCUCAAAUUUGGCAAAUGUAAGAAGUGUAUUUUUACAGCCGUGAAUGUGCAGGCCAUCGCAAUGCCUUCAGUACUUGGGUUAAUUUUACGCCUUAUGGGUCAAUAGAAAGUGUCUGUCUAUGAAAGAAUGUGUGAAAUUCAAAUGGAUGUUUUGUAAUGCGUAUCUAAUGCUUAAAUGCAGGAAUGUGUUUUUUGAGCAGCAUCCUUUAUUUCAGGACCAUGAUCCUCUUCCUUGAGUGAAUGAUGCAAACCAGCUUUAUGACAUUCAAGAGCUUUUCAUUUGUGAAUGAAAAAUAGAAAAAAAGUGUGUUUCCAUGUAUAGUAUUCUCAUCACUGAAAAGCUCAGAAGUAUUGAAAACCUGCGUAUUAGCAUAUCAGAGUGCUGUUCAUUCAUCAUUAUUUUUUAAUUAUUUGAAAAUUGAGUGAAAAGCCAGAUAUCUAAAUUAAAUUCAGCAGUAAACGGUUAAUGGCUGUCUCUGUGGCAGUGCCAGCUUUUCAGAGAUUUCUAAAAAGGGAAUGCUGGUAUUCCCAAAGGGGGAACAUUGGAAUUCCCAAAGGGGGAACACUGGAAUUCCCAAAGGGGGAACACUGGAAUUCCCAGGGGGAACACUGAGGUCCUCUCUAAUCCAGGUCCCUGCAGUGGACAGCUGUUAUAGAUGUGUCUCAUUUAGCCUUUUCACUGUUUCUAUAAAUUCAGAUGACAGUUCAGACAUUGGCAGCCUCAAGGUUUUCUGCAGUGUAUGAAUCUUAGCCAGUGUAGGAACAGGUAUUUACCCUUUCGAAUGAAUCAGUUUUGGUUUGCGAGUUCUCAUUUAAGGAGAGGGUUAGAAAAUGUUGGUUUAAAAAAUGUUAAAACACCAGUGGAUUUGAUUAUUUGUGGUCCAAGUUAGAUGGUUUUAUGAAAUAAUUUGUUAGAUUUAAAAUGACCAAAUGCUGAGACCAUAAUACGUACGGCUUUGGGGCAGAAGUUGAUGUGGGUUGGAUUCUGGGAGAUUGCGUUGUGAACUGGAACAUGAGCCUGUUUCUGAACUGUGAUGGCAUUAAGCGCCAACGCCGCUAAGUGGUCUCCACUUGUCAGGUGUUACUGCUGUAUAAGGUGACUGAUUUGUCUACUGUGAAGCCCAUGUGAAUAUUAAUGACACAUUAAUAUUGUAUUUAGCCAGUGUCACAUUAGCCAGUGAUGUCCUCUCCCCUCCAGGUAUUGAAGUUUAUUUACAAUAUUGUACUUUUGAACUUUUGUGUUCUGUUGCAGUACAUUUGUAUCGAUCAGUCAUUUGAGCCCACACUGGUGUGCUGAAAAUUCGUGACUGAAGUCUGAAAUGAAACCGGUUUUGUCAGCCCAGCUGGUAAAUGUGGCAGUGUUUUUCCCUUACCUGCACGUGUGAAUGGUUUGCAACAUGAACGUGUUGCCGUGUUGCUCAAAAUGAAUGCUCUGCACCGUCACGCUUCGUAUGAACGGUCACACUCCUCAAGGGCCUCGUGUGCCAUUUUGCCCAGAAGUCUACCUUUUUCACUGAGGAAUGUGCGCUGCCUUUGAGCCAAAAUGGCGCACAGACCUGUGUUUACCCAUACAUUGGCUGCUGCUGUGUGUGUCUUUCAGCAGGGGGAGCUGAAAGGUGGUCUAUAAGGCCAGGUUUAAUUACUGCCUUCAAAUGUGCCAAUGUUUUCCGAAUCAUAACUUUAAAAAAAAAUGCUCCUGUUGCAUUCUUUUGGCCUGGGGGAAAAAUCAAUUAAUUAACUUGUGGGGAUGAAGUAAUUUGAAGUGUUUUUUUUUUUUUUUUGUUUGUUUUUUCAGCACCGUUUCAACAUGACUGAUCUCACAAAUAUGAGUAAAUGCCAGGGACAGUCUUUGCAUGUUCUGACUGGUUGCCGAUAUUUGUAUUCAUUUAAAGGUGCUGAAAACUACAGGAGUAACAAACUAAGAUAAAACUCACUCCGAUACUUACAGAACAGACAGAGUGUUGGUUGGGGAGAGUGCUGUGAGAAUACUGUAAUAUUUUGGAUUAAAAACUAAAAGUUUAUCCACAUCCAUG